AAGGGAGAGGGAGGGGGAAAGGAAAGUGUGUUCUCUGGAAAGGGGCGGAAGGAGGGGAAGAAAAGGAAAACGGGAACGGAAACAUGGCGGUCUGGUCUUGGGACGACCGCGCCGCAGGCAGCUCCUAGGCAACCCGCCGGCCGCACUGCCCUACGGCACAGAGCGCCGAGGCGCCCGUGCUGACCAGCGCUCCGGCCGUUACCCCCGGCUGCAGGCGGCGCCCCUCCGAAACCCAGCCCGCGAGGCGGCGCAGGCGCAGACCGGGGCGAGGCGGCGGCGGCCGCUGGAGCCAGUCUCCCGCCCUGCCCUGCAGAGCGCGCCCAGGCCGCGAAGCCGGCGCUUUCAUGCUCCAGGAAGAAGCCGUGUCGCGGUAGCGCUGACUGAGGAGCGGGCGGCAGGAAAUAUAGUAGCAGCCAUGAUAGAAGACAAAGGACCAAGAGUGACAGACUACUUUGUCGUAGCUGGUCUCACUGACACAUCUACCCUUUUGGAUCAAGAAAUAAAUCGUUUAGAUACUAAGUCAACUGGACCUAAAGCUCCAAUUACAGACAUUGCUGUUAUUAUCAAAUCAGCUGGAGAAACAGUACCUGAAGGUUACACCUGUGUGGAAGCUACUCCAUCAGCUCUCCAGGCAAACCUGAAUUAUGGAAGUCUGAAAAGCCCAGAACUUUUCCUCUGUUACAAGAGAGGGAGAGAUAAACCACCCCUUACAGAUAUUGGAGUUCUAUAUGAAGGGAAAGAACGGCUUAUUCCAGGAUGUGAAGUGAUCCUAGCCACACCCUAUGGUCGCUGUGCCAAUGUCAACAAUAGUUCAACUACUUCACAAAGAAUCUUUAUCACUUAUCGAAGGGCUCCUCCAGUUCGACCCCAGAAUUCCUUGGCUGUAACUGAUAUCUGUGUUAUUGUAACCAGUAAAGGAGAAACUCCUCCUCAUACCUUCUGCAAAGUUGAUAAAAACUUAAAUUGUGGAAUGUGGGGUUCCAGCGUGUUUCUGUGUUAUAAGAAGUCUGUUCCUGCUUCAAAUGCAAUAGCAUAUAAGGCUGGUUUAAUUUUUAGAUAUCCAGAAGAGGACUAUGAGUCAUUUCCACUCUCAGAAUCAGAUGUACCUCUCUUCUGCCUUCCUAUGGGAGCCACUAUUGAGUGCUGGGAUCCAGAAACCAAAUAUCCACUUCCAGUUUUUUCAACUUUUGUGUUGACAGUUUCUUCAGCCAAAAAGGUAUAUGGAGCUGCCAUUCAGUUUUAUGAACCAUACUCUCGGGAACUUCUAUCAGAAAAACAGCUUAUGCAGCUGGGCCUGUUGACGCCUGUGGAGAGAAAACUGGUCUCCAAAUCCAUCAAUACAAACAAAUGCAUUUGUUUACUCUCACACUGGCCUUUUUUUGAAGCUUUUAGGAAAUUUCUUAUGUUUAUCUACAAACUUUCUGUGUCUGGACCACAUCCUCUUCCCAUUGAAAAGCACAUUUCACAUUUUAUGCAAAACAUCCCUUUUCCUUCACCACAAAGACCGAGAAUCCUUGUCCAGCUGUCAGUUCAUGAUGCAUUAAUAUUAUCACAGCCAGUUUCUACACCUUUACCACUAAGUGGAGCCAACUUUAGCACCUUGCUAAUGAAUCUGGGUCCUGAGAAUUGUGCAACACUGCUGCUCUUUGUUUUACUUGAGAGUAAAAUUCUGCUGCAUUCUCUUAGGCCAGCAGUCUUGACUGGGGUUGCUGAAGCGGUUGUAGCUAUGAUCUUUCCAUUUCAGUGGCAAUGCCCAUAUAUUCCCCUUUGUCCUCUUUCACUGGCUGCAGUGCUUAGUGCACCUUUACCAUUUAUAGUUGGAGUUGACUCAAGGUAUUUUGAUCUUCAUGACCCACCACAAGAUGUUGUUUGCAUUGACUUGGAUACGAACAUGUUAUAUGUAUCAGAUGAAAAGAAGAACAUGAACUGGAAGCAACUUCCCAAAAAGCCAUGCAAAAAUUUACUUAGCACAUUAAAGAAAUUGUAUCCCCAGCUGUCUUCAGUUCACCGAAAAACUCAAGAAGGCUCAGCAAUUGACAUGACUCCAAUUGAAGCAGAUUUCUCCUGGCAAAAGAAGAUGACACAGCUUGAGAUGGAAAUUCAAGAGGCAUUUUUACGCUUUAUGGCAUCUAUUUUAAAAGGAUAUAGAGCAUACCUCAGACCAAUCACAGAGGCUCCUUCAAAUAAAGCCACAGCUGCUGAUUCAUUAUUUGACCGACAGGGAUUUUUAAAAAGCCGAGAUCGUGCGUAUGCAAAAUUCUAUACCCUUUUAUCCAAAACACAGAUUUUUAUUCGUUUCAUUGAAGAAUGCAGUUUUGUAAGUGAUAAAGAUACCGGAUUAGCAUUUUUUGAUGAUUGCAUAGAAAAGUUGUUUCCUGAUAAAGGCACAGAGAAAACAGAUAAGGUUGAUUUUGAUUCAGCAGAAGAUACCAGAUUGAUAGAACUAGACGAUUCACAGAAAAGUGAGCAUACUGUAUUUAUUAUGCCACCAGAACCACCUCCUAAUGAUGGAAAGGACCUGUCACCAAAGUACAGUUACAAAUACUUUCCAAGACUGGACCUUAAGCUUUUUGACAGACCGCAGGAGUUGAAACUUUGUUUUAGUAGACACCCUACUGGGAAUAGCAUUACAAACAGUCCAGCUCUCAUGGCUAAGAGAACUAAACAGGAAAUAAAAACAGCUCAUAAAUUGGCAAAGAGAUGUUAUACAAAUCCACCACAGUGGGCCAAGUGUCUGUUCAGUCAUUGUUAUAGUUUAUGGUUUAUUUGUCUUCCGGCCUAUGUUAGAGUUUCUCAUCCUAAGGUCAGAGCACUUCAGCAGGCAUAUGAUGUACUUAUUAAGAUGAGGAAAACAGAUGUGGAUCCCUUAGAUGAGGUGUGCUAUCGAGUAGUAAUGCAGCUUUGUGGACUUUGGGGUCAUCCUGUUUUAGCAGUGAGAGUCUUAUUUGAAAUGAAAACUGCUAGGAUAAAGCCUAAUGCUAUUACUUAUGGUUAUUAUAAUAAGGUAGUUUUGGAGAGCCCGUGGCCUAGCAGUACCCGCAGUGGUAUCUUCUUAUGGACGAAGGUACGGAAUGUGGUACGUGGCUUGGCACAGUUUAGGCAACCACUUAAAAAGACUGUGCAAAAAUCACAGGUCUCCUCAAUAUCAGCUCCUCAGAAUGUCACAGGUGGAAGUGAUGGGGACACGGUGAGCCACGGUAGCGUGGAUAGUUCUAAUGAUGCUAACAAUGGGGAGCACACAGUCUUCGUCAGAGAUUUAAUCAGGCUUGAGUCCAUUGAUAAUCACUCUAGCACAGGUGGUCAGUCUGACCAAGGAUAUGGGUCUAAGGAUGAACUUAUAAAGGAUGAUGCAGAAAUUCAUGUGCCUGAAGAACAAGCAGCAAAAGAAUUGAUAACUAAAACAGAAAUGCAAACAGAAGAGGUGUGUGAUGCCUCUGCUAUUGUGGCAAAACAUUCACAACCGAGUCCAGAGCCUCACAGUCCUACUGAACCUCCUGCAUGGGGCAGCAGUAUUGUGAAAGUUCCAUCUGGUAUAUUUGAUAUCAACAGCAGGAAAUGUAGCACUGGUAGUAUAUCAAAUGUGCUGUUUUCUACUCAAGAUCCAGUAGAAGAUGCAGUCUUUGGUGAAGCUACUAAUCUCAAGAAGAAUGGUGUUAGAGCAGAAAAAAGACAAAAGCAUUUUCCUGAGAGGAGUUGUAGUUUUAGUUCUGAAAGUCGAGCAGGAAUGUUGCUUAAGAAGAGUAGUCUGGAUUUGAAUUCAAGUGAAAUGGCUAUCAUGAUGGGAGCAGAUGCCAAGAUUCUCACGGCAGCAUUGACAUGCCCUAAGACUUCUCCACUUCAUAACGCAAGAACCCAUAGCUUUGAGAAUGUUAGCUGUCACCUACCUGAUAGUAGGACUUGUGUGUCUGAAAGCACUUGGAAUCCUGGGCACAGAUCACCUCUGGUGCCAGAGAUACUUGAGGAAAGCCAAGAACUCCUUGAGCCUGUGGUUGAUGACAUAGCUAAAACUACUGCAACAGAGGAUACGUAUGAGAGUCUACUCAGUGAUAGUGCCAGUAAUCAGUCCAGAGACUUGAAAAUAGGAUCCAGAGAUCUGAAGAAUAAGAGAAGUAGUUUAUAUGGUAUUGCUAAGGCGGUUGAGAGGGAAGAUGUUGAAACCGGACUAGAUCCUUUGUCUCUUUUAGCCACUGAAUGUACAGGGGAAAAAACUACUGUUUCUGAAGAUAAGUUAUUUUCUCCAGUUAUUGCACGUAAUCUGGCUGAUGAAAUAGAAAGCUAUAUGAACCUAAAAAGCCCCCUAGGUAGUAAAUCUUCUAGUAUGGAAUUACACGGAGAGGAAAACAGGGAGUCUGGCAUGACUGCUACAUUUAUUCAUGCUCUAGAGAGGAGAUCAAGCCUACCUUUAGAUCAUGGUUCACCAGCACAGGAAAAUCCUGAAAGUGAAAAGAGCUCACCUGCAGUGUCCAGGUCUAAAACUUUUGCUGGGCGUUUCAAGCAGCAAACCCCCUCUCGAACUCAUAAAGAACGUUCAACUUCUUUGUCAGCGCUAGUGCGUUCUUCACCGCAUGGCUCACUGGGUUCUGUAGUAAAUUCUUUGUCAGGAUUAAAGCUGGAUAAUAUACUCUCAGGGCCCAAGAUAGAUGUCCUAAAAUCUGGCAUGAAACAAGCAGCGACAGUAGCCAGUAAGAUGUGGGUAGCUGUUGCAUCUGCCUACAGCUACUCAGAUGAUGAGGAAGAAACUAGUAGAGACUACAGCUUCCCAGCUGGCCUCGAAGACCAUAUUUUGGGGGAGAAUAUGUCGCCUAACACAAGUAUCUCAGGGUUGGUCCCCAGUGAACUUACCCAGAGCAACACAAGCCUUGGCAGUAGCAGCAGUAGUGGAGAUGUAGGAAAACUGCAUUAUCCAACAGGUGAAGUUCCAUUUCCAAGAGGUAUGAAAGGACAAGACCUUGAAAAAUCAGAUCAUGGUUCUUCUCAAAAUACCAGCAUGUCUAGCAUCUAUCAGAAUUGUGCAAUGGAGGUUUUGAUGUCCAGUUGUUCACAGUGUACCACUUGUGGAGCUUUAGUCUAUGAUGAAGAAAUUAUGGCUGGAUGGACAGCAGAUGAUUCAAAUUUGAAUACAACUUGUCCAUUCUGCAAAAGCAAUUUCUUGCCUCUUCUCAAUAUAGAAUUCAAAGAUUUGAGAGGUUCUGCAAGCUUUUUCCUGAAACCAAGUACUUCUGGUGACAGUUUACAAAGUGGAAGCAUUCCACUGGCAAAUGAAUCCUUGGAGCACAAACCUGUAUCCAGUUUAGCAGAACCUGACUUGAUCAACUUUAUGGAUUUCCCAAAACAUAACCAGACCAUAACUGAAGAAACAGGCUCUGCAGUUGAACCAAGUGAUGAAAUAAAGAGAGCCAGUGGAGAUGUCCAAACUAUGAAAAUUUCAUCUGUGCCUAAUAGUUUAUCAAAGCGAAAUGUAUCUUUGACUCGAAGUCACAGUGUUGGAGGCCCCUUGCAGAAUAUUGACUUUACCCAGCGACCGUUUCAUGGCAUUUCAACAGUUAGUCUUCCAAACAGUCUGCAGGAAGUUGUGGAUCCUUUAGGAAAAAGGCCCAAUCCUCUCCCUGUUUCUGUGCCCUACUUGAGUCCUCUAGUGCUUCGCAAAGAACUUGAGUCUUUGCUAGAAAAUGAGGGUGAUCAGGUGAUUCAUACAUCUUCUUUCAUCAAUCAACAUCCAAUCAUUUUCUGGAACCUCGUUUGGUAUUUCAGACGUUUGGACCUUCCUAGUAACUUGCCAGGACUUAUCCUCACAUCUGAACAUUGUAAUGAAGGUGUACAGCUUCCUCUGUCAUCUCUGUCCCAGGAUAGCAAACUUGUAUAUAUUCAGCUGUUAUGGGAUAAUAUCAACCUUCACCAGGAACCAAGAGAACCUCUGUAUGUCUCAUGGAGGAAUUUUAAUUCUGAAAAGAAAUCAUCUCUCCUGUCAGAGGAACAACAAGCAACAAGCACUUUAGUAGAAACCAUCAGGCAGAGUAUUCAGCAUAAUAACGUUCUUAAACCCAUCAACCUGCUUUCACAGCAGAUGAAGCCAGGCAUGAAAAGGCAAAGGAGUUUAUACAGAGAAAUCCUAUUCUUAUCAUUAGUGUCUCUAGGAAGAGAGAAUAUUGAUAUUGAGGCCUUUGACAAUGAAUAUGGAAUUGCAUACAACAGUCUGUCUUCGGAGAUUCUUGACAAGUUGCAGAAAAUUGAUGUUCCACCAAGUGCCAGUGUGGAGUGGUGCAGGAAGUGUUUUGGAGCGCCUCUCAUUUAAAUAUUCACUAGAAUUUUGACGCACAAGGCUUGGGGAUUGUAUUUAAUCUGGAAACAUUCAAGGUUUUUUUCCAAAUCCUAAUGUGAAAA